AUAGCAAUGACGUCAUAUUUUUAUCAUUGUUUUCCUCACGUUUACGCAUUACACGAAAAACAUCACUAAAAUUUCAUUGUAACUCGAUCUUGUGCUUGAAAAAUUAGUAGUUCCACUUUAUUAUUUUCACAGAAAUAUAAAUUCUAUUGUUGGAACCUAUUCUGGCUUCAAACCAAAAUUAUAGUGUCGGAGAAAUGGAGAACAAUCAAGUCUCGACGGCAUCUGCCCCUGAAGAUCUUCCGCCACCUUAUUCUGCAGUGGUUGGUAAUCCACAUUAUGGAUUCGUGGCCCCUGCGGGUGAGCCUCACGCUCAGCCUAUCCCACCGGGGCCAUACGCACAACCGCCCCUAAAACAAUUCACCGCUCCCGGAGUCUACCCCCAUCCGCAUUCGCCUAAUGUAGUGACCAGCACGCAGCCGCAAAUGAGUGGCAUUCCUCCACCACCGCCCGGCGUGCCCAUCGGAGUAGUCUUGUCUCCGGCAGUAGGCACCGAGCCCACCACGGUUACGUGCUUCAACUGCAACAAAGUUGUCACAACCAGAGUCACAUACACGACAGCUUGGCACACUCAUUUGGUUGCUGGUUCAGUUUGCGUAAUCACAAUGUUUUGCUCUCUGUGCUGCUUGGGCCUUGUUCCGUACUGCUUUGAUACAUUCAAGGAUGCUGAACAUUACUGCCCUAACUGCAACACUUUUAUUGGAAAAAGUAACAAGUGUUAAGCCAGUUAGAUCUAAUAGAAAAGGGUGCAACUACGAAGGUUCGACCUACUGUAUGGCCUGAUAUGUAAAAUGCCUUAAAUACAUAAGGCAUUGCUAAUGUGAUGGUUUAUAUGAUAAAAAUAUACUAUUUCAUAAUUCUUGUUGUGUAAGAUGCAACUAUUUAUGUCCAAAGGCUUUCUAGUUUUGGUAACUUUUUUUUGUUUAUUUGAAAUAGGUUUAUUCUACCUUUUCAAAAGUAUUUACUUUACUAGGCUUGUAAACCUAAGUACUAUUUGUAAUGAAACACUAUCUAUAAAAUUUUCAAUGAUUGUAUCUAGGAUAAUUUAUUUAUUAUGUUAUUUAUACAUAACUUCCUAAAUAAAUAUUUAAAAUGCAAAAUUAAUGUCAUUUUAGUAAAUUAAUAUGUAUUAUUACUGACUGACUGUUUUUGCAUUGUUUCAAUAAGCAUACAUACAUUCCCACUGAAAUAUAUUUUUUCACAUUA